CUUUCAUGAAUAAACUUUUCACAGAGAUCUCCAGCUAAACUUUGGAUUGUGGCUCACCAUGAAACUUAUUUUCUCUCUUGCUUUAGCUCUCAGUUGCUUGCCAAAUAUUUUGGCAAAUGUUAUGGUUCAAGAAGGAAACUAUACAUUCCCUUUGGAAGAUGUGAAGCAGCUGUGGGCAGUGAUGGGCACUCUGGAUAAGUAUAACCCAGCUGUUGCCAGCUCCAUCUCAACUGGGCUCUGCGCUUCCUCUGAGCUACCAAAGGUGUUGCAACCAAUCUGCACCUCGAAAGAUGCUGAUCAGGUUUUCUUCAGACUGGUGAAGAUAGCAGUGCGAUCUGAUGAAUGUGAAAUCUGUGUGCAUCCUGCCUGCACCGACUGCUAACCUGGGAGUAUAUAUAUAUAAGCAGUCGCCCGUUAGUAUUUUUGGGUCUUCCAUCAUGGCAAUCAUCAUUUCCAGUAACUCGAUUGCUGCUUUAUAUUUUUCAUACCUGUCUUCAACUCUGCCAAGGUAAA